AUGCAGCGGUGCCUUUGGUUCAUGUCACUGCCGGUCUGCAUCCUCGGCUUGGCAGCAUCCUGGCCCACUUGGCUUAGCUUCUCGGCAGAGGAGGAUGCGCGCCAGCCGUUGGGCUAUUUCCUGCGGGCGGUCGACUUUAGCAACUCCAGCUCUUCCGCUGAUUUGCCAGAAAAGCUUGCGGCCGACCUGGAGGGCGUCACACACUACAGAUUGGUACCCGGGAUCUUCCCCGAUGGGAUGCACUUCCACUUUGAUGGCCUGGCGACCGUGGUGAAGUUCAGCUUUUCAAAGGGUCGCCUCACCUGGACGGCACGGCCAUAUGAGUCUGGCGCAGAGAAGCACUUCCACUCGUGCAUCUUCGGUGGCACUGGUACAGGUCCAACUUUGGGCAUCUAUCCCUGCUUGACGAACCCGGUCGUAAAUCUGCUCCCCAUUGAGGAUCAGCUUUGGCUUACCACCGACACGUCCAAAUGGGGCAGGGUGGACCCUGAGACUUUAGAGACCCUGCCGGAUGAAGUGGAGGUGGAGUCCACGGUGCUGAAUGCUCAUCCAGCAUGCGAUCCUUCCAGCAAAGCCUGCUUCGUGCAGUACAACUGCGGUUCGAACCGCCAGCCUUUCACGAAUCAGGCUUGCGUGGGCCAACUCCUGCCCGCUGCACAGGGAAUGCGGACAGUGGAGAUCAGCAGGGUAGAGUUGCCGUCGAGGAAGCUCAUCCAGCACAGCCACAGCCCAUGCGUUACACAAAGCUAUGUCGUCAGCAAGAUCGACAGCUUCACUCCCCGAGAUCCCCUGAAUGGCAACUCGGGUGUCCUGCGCUUCCUCCAUCAGGCAGAGGAUGACUUAUGGUUAGUCAUGGACCGGAAGACCAAUAAGUCCACGAUUCUGCGAGGAAGCGUCAACUUCGUCAACAACCAUUUCUGGAACUGCUAUGAGAUGGACGGCAACAUUGUGCUUGAUAGUGUCGCCGCCACAGAGGAUUAUUUGGACAAUUAUUUUGAGAAGAACUUGGCAGCUGAGAGGAACUGGACACGCCUUUUCCAUCCGGCUCUGCGGUGUUUCCUUCCCGCAGCGACUGGUGGCCCAGUUUCUUGCGAGAAGUUCUUCACCAAGGAUGAUGACGCAGUGAUCUUUGACUACCCGACGUUCAAUCCUGCUUUCAAGAUGAACCCUGAGUACAAGUACUUCUAUGCCAUCGCCGCGAAGGCACCAACCUCCAGGUGGUUCGAUGAGCUCAUCAAAGUCAAUGCGCAGACAAGGUCCGUGGAGCAUGCUUGGUCUGCUCCGGGCAUUUACCUGACUGAAGCGGACUUCAUCCCGUGGCGGGAGGGUGGUCAUCGACCAGAGGAUGAUGGAAUGCUCUUGUCAGUGUUGUACAACACGACGUCUGAUCAGAGCAGCCUUGGAAUUUUCAGCGCUGCCACUUUGGCACUGCUGCACCAGCAGCCGCUUAGCUCAGUGAUCCCGUUCCAUGCACAUGGCAUCGUGUGCGUGGACAGUCGCUGCUACCCCAACCCCUAA